UGACCAGUCGCCUUUAUUUUCUUUUGGGAAACCUCCCCACUUCAGUUUUGAAGAGAGAGCCUUUUCAUCCAUGAUCCAAAUCCCUACCUCUUUGGGAGGGAAACAUAACCGCGCUGGCCCAACCUGAGGGUAGUCGAAUGGCUGCGACCAUGCCGAACAAAGCUAUGCUGGGGGAAGCCGCCAUCGUAUUUAUGGUAGUGCUAAACAUCCAUGCCUCAGUAUGGGACCGUUAUUCCUGGUGUGCCGUGGCCCUGGCUGUUCAGGCCUUCUAUGUCCAGUACAAGUGGGACAGGCUGCUCCAGCAGGGGGCUGCAGUCUUUCAGUUCAGGACCACAGCUAACAGUGGCCUCCUGCCUGCCUCCAUGGUCAUCCCUCUGCUGGGGGUGGUGAUGAAGAAGUGUUGUGAGAGUGCAGAAAACGUCUACUUUGAGCGGUUUGGCAUUGUGGUGGCAGCUACAGGUAUGGCACUGGCCCUAUUCCUGUCCAUAUUGGCACUGGGCAUCACCAGGCCAGUACCCACCAACACUUGUGUCAUUUCUGGCCUGGCUGGAAGUGUCAUCAUCUAUAUCAUGAAACAUUCCUUGAGUGUGGCAGAGGUCAUAGAGGUCCUUGAGGUCCUGCUGAUCUUUGUCUAUCUCAACAUGAUCCUACUGUACCUGCUACCCCGAUGCUUUACCCCAGGGGAGGCAUUGCUUAUUCUAGGGGGCAUCAGUUUUGCCCUCAACCAGCUCAUCAAACGAUCCCUGAAUGUUAUCCAAGGUCGAGGAGACCCAGUGGACUUCUUUCUCCUCGUGGUGGUAGUAGGGAUGGUUAUCAUGGGCAUCUUCUUCAGCAUGUUCUUUGCCUUCAUGGACUCUGGAACCUGGACAUCUUCUCUUUUCUUUCACUUAAUGACAGGUGUGCUGGGCCUUGGUGUCGUCAUGCCCUGGUUUUAUCACCUAAUCCGGGAGAACCCCUUGCUCUGGCUUUUCCAAUUCCUGUUCCAGACAAACACUCGUAUCUACCUCCUUAUCUAUUGGUCACUGCUGGCUGCUUCAGCCUGCAUAGUUGUGAUGUACCAAAAUGCUAAGAGGUUAUCUUCUGAAUCAAAGAAACAUCAGGCCUCUACAGUUACCCGGAAGUAUUUCCACUUCAUCAUAGUGGCUACCUAUGUACCAGGACUCAUAUAUGACCGACUACUACUAUAUGUUGCAGCUGUGGUCUGCCUAGCUGUCUUUAUCAUCCUUGAGUAUAUUCGUCUUUUCCGAAUUAAGCCCCUAGGCCAGAUCCUAAGGAACCUGCUCUCAAUCUUUCUAGAUGAAAGGGAUAGUGGCCCCCUCAUCCUGACUCACAUUUACCUGCUGUUGGGCAUGUCUCUCCCUCUCUGGCUAUUCCCAAGACCUUGUGCUCCAAAGGGUAGCCUGGGAAGUGUUGGGGCUCUGGUCCCUUAUGCAGGAGUGCUGGCUGUGGGAGUAGGUGACACUAUUGCUUCCAUUUUUGGCAGUACAGUGGGAGAGAUUCAUUGGCCAGGAACUGUAAAAACUUUUGAGGGGACAAUGUCUUCCAUAUUUGCUCAAAUCAUUUCUGUGGCUUUAAUCUUAAUCUUUGACAGUAAGGUAGACCUUAACUCCAGCUAUGCUUGGAUUCUGGGGUCUAUUACUAUAAUCUCCCUACUGGAAGCUUACACCACCCAAAUAGACAAUCUUAUGUUACCGCUCUAUCUCCAGAUUCUGCUGAUGGCUUAGCCUUCAUGCAGAAUUAGAGCCAUUUGGGUAUGAUGGACCAAGUGGUGAAAACCUGAUUCACUUUUGCAGUGAAUUGAGUUUUAAAAUAAAAUAAAAACUUCCCUUGCA